AUGUCUAGCACUCGUCCAGAUUUGCGUUUUUCCGACGCUGGCGAUGAGAGACUGUACUACAGAAAGUUUGCGCAGCUUCCUCCAAAGGACGCGUCUACCAUUCGGGUCAUGGAUCACAACAAUCGUGACUAUUUUACCGUGCUCGAUGAAGACGCCGAUAUGAUCGCAGAUAACAUUUACAAGACACGUCUGGUGAUAAAAGCCAGCAACGCUCACCGCUACGUGACCAUCUCUCCUCAGGUAUUCUACAACACGGUGCUUCGGUUCUGCCUCAUUGAAAACCACCUCAAGGUGGAAGUUUACCACUCAAAGACAUUCGAGUUGGUCACCAUGGCCACACCAGGCAACCUUGAAAGUAUUGCCAACGAGUACGGGAUAAACCUUGAAAGCGCAGACUUUCUGUCUCCCAUGGUGGCAGCGGUCAAAUUUACCCCGGCGAAAAAAAUCGGUGUUGGUCUCGUGGACUUGCUGAACUCGUCCAUCCAGUUGUGCGAGUUUGAAGAUAACGAUCUUUUUUCCAAUUUGGAAACACUUUUGCUUCAAUUGGGCGUCAAGGAAAUAAUCGUACCGUCAAACUACGAUCCUCACGAGGAAACAGGCGAUGCCGUUAAACUAUUUCAAGUAUUGGACCGUAUCGGCAAUAUCGUGGUCACGUCGGUCAAAUCGUCCUUGUUCAACAAAGAAGUCGAACACGAUUUGGCUCGAAUUGUCGAAGGUGAAAACAUUGAGCUUGUCUUGGCAUCAAAGGGUAUUAAUGCGAUCGACUUUCCCUUGUCGCUCGCCUGCUGUAGCGCUCUCCUCCAUUACCUCGAACUCUCGUCCGGGGAAUUUUCAAUCGACAAGUAUAAUUUAUCUGACUACAUGAAGUUGGAUACUUCCACAACCAAGGCACUCAACAUAUUUCCAGCCUCCAACAAUUACACCAAACCAAACGUUUCCUCAAUUUUUGAUUUGCUCAACAAAUGUAAGAGUCUGGCAGGGUCUCGGUUGCUCUCGCAAUGGCUAAAGCAGCCACUAACCAGUGUGUCUGACAUCACCGACCGCCACGAGUUGGUGGAGCUCUUGGUAAAUGACACUAGUCUUCGAGUUUUCCUCACCCAGGACUGGCUUCCUCGGGUACCUGAUGUUAAACGCUUAUUGAAAAAAAUUGCCAAUGGAGUCAAAAAGUCCAGUGGAAACGAGAACAAGAAGCUUGACGAUGUGGUGAGGCUUUACCAGUUAGUGAUCGUCGUUCCGGAAUUGCUUUCAAUGUUAAAUGACAAUCCCUUGAUUCUCAAAUACUGGACUGAACCCAUCCAAAAGGCCCAUAAAUCGUUGAUAAAGUUCCAGGAACUCGUAGAAACGACAAUCGACUUGAGUCCUCUUGACUCUUCAGAUCUUCUACACAAUGAUUUUAACAUCAAACCCGAGUUUGACGAAUCUCUCGUUAAAAUCAACAACCAACUCGAAGCCACUUUAUCAGACAUUAAACAGUGUCAAGUUGACGCCAGUGACGACUUGAAUUUGGAAGUCGACAAGAAACUCAAACUUGAAAAACAUCAAAAUCAUGGUUGGUGUUUCCGUGUAACGAGAAACGACUCCAAUGUGUUAAGAAACAAUUCCAAAUAUCAGCAAUUCCAAACGGUCAAGGCGGGAACCUACUUUUCAACCAAAGAAUUGCGCACCCUCGCAUUACAGUACCAAAAGUAUUCCGAUGAAUACAACUCGAAACAAAGAGAGCUCAUUAGAGAGAUUCUCUCCAUCAGCUUGACGUAUCUGCUGGUAUUCAUGCCAUUUGCAUUGACUUUAGCACAUAUCGAUGUUAUCGUCAGUUUUGCCAAUCUGUCGGUAUUUGCACCGACUCCAUACGUCCGCCCAAUCAUCCAUGGCCUCAAUGAUAAAGAGUCUCGUACUUUAAAACUCAAAGAUGCUCGUCAUCCAGUCUUGGAAGUGCAAGACGAUAUCAAUUUUAUCGCUAAUGAUGUCGCCAUGUCUCCAGGCAAGCAGUUUUCCAUCAUAACUGGUCCCAACAUGGGAGGUAAAUCCACCUACAUUCGUCAAGUUGGAGUGAUUGCGUUGAUGAACCAAAUUGGAUGUUUUGUUCCUGCUCGAGAGGGUGCUGAGCUCCCAGUAUUCGAUGCUAUAUUGUCGCGUGUGGGUGCCGGAGACUCUCAACUCAAAGGAUUAUCUACAUUUAUGAUUGAGAUGCUAGAAACUUCUUCAAUUCUCGCUACGGCUUCCGCCAACUCUUUGAUAAUAAUCGAUGAAUUGGGAAGAGGUACCAGUACAUACGACGGAUUUGGACUUGCUUGGGCAAUUCUGGAACAUAUCAUCAAGGAAAAGGAAUGUUUUACACUAUUUGCAACACAUUUCCACGAACUUACACAACUUGCAGACAAGUAUCCUCUGGUUCAGAACCUUCAUGUCGUGGCCCAUGUUGAGCAAGCCGAUGAUAUAACCUUGAUGUACCGGGUAGAGCCUGGAGUGUCAGACAAAUCCUUUGGUAUACAUGUUGCCGAGCUCGUUAAGUUUCCAGCCAAGAUAGUGAAUAUGGCCAAAAGAAAGGCAGACGAACUCGGCGGUGAUGGAAAGCGAUCCAAAUGUACCCCAGAAGAAAUUCAACAGGGGAUUGAAAAGUUGAAGGGAGUGUUAAUCAAAUGGAGGGAGCAAUGUUACGACGGUAGUAAGUGUACUACUGAUCCCGAUACCGCCAUUUCCAAGUUGAGAGAAAUGGUUCAACCAAUUAACGACGACAAAUACGUCCAUGAAAUCAUGAGUCAACUAUAA